CCUUGACAGCUAUAAAUCAUCACCACCUCAUUAACAGAGCAAGUGAAAACAGGAAAAACAUGCCAUAUUAAACAAGAAAAAUGAGGCCUUCCAUCUCCUCUGCCCUCUUGAUCACUUUAUUCCUCUUGUGUUUCAUCCAUGGAGCCACCAGCCAAGAGAAUCUGAUCAGGGAAAGUUGCAGAACAUUUGCCAAAGAUGAUCCAAACAUCAACUUCAAUUUCUGCACAACUUCUCUCCAAGCUGCACCAGCUAGCCACUGUGCUGCUCUUCGCGGCCUGGGGACGAUUUCCUUCAGGCUGAUCCGGUACAACGUUACUGAUACAAGGUGCAUGAUCAGACAAUUGCUCAAGGGCAAGAAGCUGGAUCCUUAUGUCCGGCAGUGCUUGAAUGAUUGCUUCGAGCUUUAUUCAGAUGCAAUAGACACUAUGAAGCAGGCCAUGAAAGCUUACAAUACUAAAAGAUUCGCCGAUGCUAAUAUAGAGAUAAGUUCGAUUAUGGAUGCAGCAACAACUUGUGAAGAUGGUUUCAAUGAGAGAAAAGGUGUAGUUUCACCAUUAACAAAGAGAAAUAACGACACCUUCGAGUUGUCUGCAAUAGCACUUAAUGUCAUGCGUAUUCUUCAGACACGGUCAGACUAACCUUCCUGGAAUAUUGAACUACUGCGUAAUAUUACCAGUUAUCAGGGUUUCUUUCUUGUUAUUCCCUUUUUUUUUUGACAUCUUCAUUUUCUUCUUUGGGAUCUUAUUUCUGAAUCA